AUGGACGGCGACGGGCUCAUUGAAAAAGAGGAGAUGCUGCGUCGACUGACCGAGUCCAUGCACGAGCACUCACCCACGAAGAAGAUGUCAGUGGGCUCGACGACAAAGAGCGGUAGCACGUGCCCCGCCAACGCCUUCAUCUCGCAAAAGCGCUUCAACGAGAUGGACUGGGACCACGAUGGCAGUAUCACGUUCAAAGAGUUUCUCAUGGCAUUCGAGUCCUGGGUUGGUGUCGACGAUGACGAUGACAGUAGCCGCCAGGCGUAA